UCUCUUAAAAAAAAAAAAAAACAAUUUACUGUAAAAAGAAAAGUUGCCAACUUCAAUUCUCGAAGACCCAACAAGAAAACAAAAAAAAAAGUUCUCUCAAGUAUGGUAUUUGUAGAAGCUGUAUAGUACCCCUUUACCACCCUGUAGAGAGUUAGUGAGAGAGAGAGAGAGAAACCAAAAGUGAGUGAGUGAGAGAGUGAGAGAGAGAAACAGAGAGAAGAAAGGAACAAUCUUUGAGUGUGUUUGGAUCUUGAUCUGGGGUUCUUGAGAGUUUCGGGGUUUCUGGAUGUUCUGAAAGAUCUUCUUCUUGAUUUGGCAAACCGGGAAUGGCGAACCGGAAUGGUGAACCGAGACUAUCGAGUCUGUUCAUCCAGCAACUUCGAGGUCGUUCUUCAGUAGUAGUCUCUGUUCGUGAUGAUGUGAACUCGUUGGUCGUCAUUAUCAUCUAGAUGAGAGAUUUAGUUUUUUUAUAAAAGUUAAGGAAUCCGAUGAUUGUUUUAUGGUAGAUUGAUUUCAAGAAAAAAGUUGUUUUUUUUAGAUUAGUUCUGAUCAUUCUUUCAUUCUUUCUUGAAUAUAUAGAGAUUCGUUUUAGGGUGGGGGCUUCAAAUUCAAUUCAUUCUUCAAUUUUUUUUUGCAUAUUUUAAGUCACAAAUCAUAUUAGGAUUCACUUUUGAUUUCAUUAAAAAACCUAAAAAGGAAAAAAGGAUUUUGAUUUUUGAAUCUUUGUUCAUCGGAUUCCAUUUUUUUAGAAAAACAUCAAAUUGUUGUUUGUGCAAACACACACACACACACUUAGACCAUCUCUCAAAUUUUUUUGGGUUGGGUAGAUUUUGGUAGAGGAUGUUGGCAGGUUGUUCAAGUUCAUCAUUAUUGUCACCGACUCGAAGAUUGAGGAGUGAAGCAGUAGCAGCAACAUCAGCAACAGUAUCAGCACAUUUUCCCAUGAACACACAGAGAUUGGACUUACCAUGCAGUAGUAGCUUCACUCGCAAGGAAACUCCUUCAACCCGACCACUUGGACGAAGCAUCUCACUUGACAACAACAACAACAACAACACCAAGCCAAUCGAGCGCAAGACGAGUGGUUGUUCUCUUAAGCAGAACAUAAAGCUUCCACCUUUGGCGACAACAAGAGGAAACGGAGAAGGGUUUUCUUGGAACAACGACAGCAACAACAACAACAACAGAGGGAAGAAGAGUUUGAAGAGAUUGGCGGAGGAGGAAGACGAGUCUUGUUUAAGCAGAGCGAAGAGGACAAAAUGCGAAAACGAAGGUGAUGGUGAUGAUGAAGGAAAGGUUUGCUUUGUGCCUAGUGAAGUCAUCUCUCAGCCUUUACCUAAUAAUCAUCCAAACUGGGUUGAUUCGGUGAUCACUGAGUUAGCUGGUAUAGGAGAUAAAGACGUUGAGAGUAGCCGUCCUGCAGCAGUUAAGGAAGCUUCUGGAUCAUCAACAAGUGCAUCAUCAGAGAGUCAAAGCUUAAGCCAUAGAGGAGGAGUACCAGAGCCUACAAAUGGUUCAAGAAACCCUUACACACACAGCACAGAGGAAAGGACCAGCGGAAACAUCAACAACAACAGGAACGAUCUGCAGAGAGACUUCGAGCUUGUUAAUCUCCUCACUGGAAGUUUAGAAGCGAUCAGAUCAAGGAACAUAGCGGCGAUUAACCAUUUCAUUGCGAGAACCAGUGACCUUGCUUCUCCUAGAGGAAGAACACCAAUGACUCGUCUUAUAGCUUACUACAUUGAAGCAUUGGCACUAAGAGUGGCUCGUAUGUGGCCUCACAUCUUCCACAUCGCACCACCUCGUGAGUUUGACAGAACAGUCGAGGAUGAAUCAGGAAACGCGUUGAGGUUCUUGAAUCAAGUAACUCCAAUUCCAAAGUUCAUUCAUUUCACAGCCAACGAGAUGUUACUCAGAGCAUUUGAAGGCAAAGAGAGAGUUCACAUUAUCGAUUUCGACAUCAAGCAAGGCUUACAAUGGCCUAGCUUCUUCCAAAGCUUAGCUUCAAGAACAAAUCCACCACACCAUGUUCGGAUCACUGGAAUCGGAGAAUCAAAGCUCGAGCUAAACGAAACCGGAGAUCGUCUCCAUGGAUUUGCAGAGGCGAUGAAUCUUCAGUUCGAGUUUCACCCUGUAGUUGAUAGACUCGAAGACGUUAGGCUAUGGAUGCUACACGUCAAAGAAGGUGAAUCAGUAGCUGUAAACUGUGUUAUGCAGAUGCACAAGACGCUAUACGAUGGAACUGGAGGAGCGAUUAGAGACUUCUUGGGUUUAAUCAGAAGCACAAACCCAAUAGCUCUUGUUUUAGCUGAACAAGAAGCAGAACACAACUCAGAGCAACUUGAGACAAGAGUUUGUAACUCGUUAAAGUACUAUUCAGCAAUGUUCGAUGCGAUUCACACGAAUCUUGCUACGGAUAGCUUAAUCAGAGUCAAAAUCGAAGAGAUGUUGUUUGGGAGAGAGAUCAGGAACAUUGUUGCGUGUGAAGGAAGUCAUAGGCAAGAGAGGCAUGUUGGUUUUCGUCAUUGGAGGAGGAUGUUGGAGCAGUUAGGGUUUCGGAGUCUUGGAGUCUCGGAGAGAGAGGUUUUGCAGAGCAAGAUGUUGCUUAGGAUGUACGGAUCUGGUAAUGAAGGGUUUUUCAAUGUGGAGAGGAGCGAUGAAGACGGCGACGGAGGCGAAGGCGGAAGCAGCGGUGGAGUUACUUUACGGUGGUCGGAGCAGCCACUUUAUACGAUCUCAGCUUGGACUAUCGGGAGUUAGGGUUUUAAAAAAAAUAUAUAUAUACAUUUUAGGGUUUUAAAGACUUUAGAAAAAAGGGGACAAUGGUUUUUUUCAAAAAAAAAAUAGGGGAAAAAAUUGAUUUUAUUCUUUCAUUCAUUUCUUGGGUGGGUAGGUAUUUAAAUUCUUUUAUAAAAAUUAAUUUGUAAGGAUUAGAAGAAAUAUUUUGUAUUAGUUUGAAAUCUUUUACAUUGUAACUGGAAGGCUUUUCAAUGUUCUUUAAAUCAUAAUGAAGUGAAAUUUUUUUUUGAUA